AUGAAGUUCCUCAUGGUUCUCUCUCUACUUGCCAUGGCGCCAUCAUGGAUCGACGCCAUCGGCUGCACAAACUGUCUUGGACAGAACGUCGACAAGAUCAGGCUUGGAUGCUUCACAGGCUGCAGUGAUGCAUUCACCGUAGGCACCAACGAACUUUUGGCUUGCCGCCAGAGCUGCACCGACUUUGUGUUCAAUCGAAAAUGUUGUUCUUCUACGUGCAGCAAUUCGGCCAAAACUUGUCUAGCGAAUAUUGGCCUCGCCAAGAGAGACUUCUCUGGCGACGAGGACACUUAUGAAGUUGAGGAUCUCGAGAGCCCGGAUUUACAUUCUCGACAUCCUCGCUCGUUCGCGGUAACCGAUUCGACUUAUUCCGACAUCGAUCGACGCCUGGACAAGGGCAAAGCUUGUUGUACUGCAGCCAAGGCAGCAUUCACGGCGAGCGUCCCAUUAAUAGCACCUGCUUAUAAUGGGGAUUUUGGCGAUGAUCAACUUGCCGGCCUGAUUCUGAUAGCAGUUGGGACCGCAGGGACAUGGGCGUGCUCCAAGAGUUUCGGCAUUAAUUGCCAUUUCUUCAAAUACGGUCCGCCAGCUCCCGCCGCGAAACGAUCAUUGCUGGUGACGGACUGA